AACACUUCACAGUGGGAACUGGGAAGCACAUCUUGGAUAUUCUUCAUCCAUAAACCCUAGAAAAAGAAAAACCAAAUCCCCAAAAUUGAACCCCUGAUUUCACACUCUAUUAAUGAUUCGAUCAAGGCAAUGUUAAGUUCAGGUCUUCCUUUCUUGAUUUAAAGAUACAAAAAUUGGACCAGGUAAGUUUGAUUCAAUGUUACACAUUUUCAAUUACUCAAAAGAUUGUAAUGGGAACUCAUAGUGAGUCAUCUAAAACAGCAAGAAGUAAACUGAAUUCAAUCAAAUAUACUUGUGUUCCACUUAAGGUUUCAUCAUUUGAUAUAUCUGAUAUUGGAAUAGAACAAAAUGUGAAUGAAUCUAUUUCUGAUUCGCACGAUUCGGAAACGAAAUCGACUAGGGAGAUACUUAGCACGGCUGAAUUUGUGUCAGCAGUUGGGGGUUUAUGGAAUUGUGCUAAUCAGGGUUUAUCAGUUUUGCAGCCUAAAGGAAUUGGUAGAUAUAGUGAUAGUGGUAGUGUUAAUGUGAAAGAGAAUGUUGCGUUGUAUUCAGAUGCUGGUGAAAGAAAUGAUAAAGAAAUUUCUAAUACUAGUACUACGGGUAGAAGUAAUGUGUAUGUUGAUAGUACGGUGCGUGCUGCUGGAUGUUCUUCCAGUUCAAAAUUUGAGUUUAUUAGUGUUGUGCAGAAAAUUUCAAUGUUUGAAUCUUGUUGUGAGAAUAAUAGGGAUAGUUUGUUCAGGAGAUGUAUACAACAUGAUAGUUCGGAGUUGAAUAAGUUUGCUAGUGUCACGAUACCGUUUGAUUUGGGGAGUGUAUAUAGAUGGAUGAAUGGAAGUGCUGUUGCUGAUUUGAAAAAUAUGGAUUCGUUGUCACCGAUUGAGUUUAAGAAAUCUGGUGGUGCCGUUAGUUCUGAAGGGAAGAGUACCCUUUUGGAUAACUUAACCAUGAAAAGUGUUGUUUCUGAUAGUAGUUUAACGGAAUGUCAAGAUAUGUCACCACAUGAAAGUAUCAAGUUGGCUGAAAAUGUCGGAGUAGCUGCCACCUCUUUUUGUUCAGAAUACUUUCUCAGACCUGUCAUGGGUUUAGAGGCAACGAGUGUUGUUUCAAGGGUUUCAAAUUCUACUCUUCGCUCGGAUUGCUAUGUUGAUGAUUUAGUUCUGGAGGAUAGUGAAAAUGAAGAGUGUGAACUCCUUCCAGACAACGCAAGCUGCAAAAAACAUAUUACAGAGCUGCACAUUGAAAACCAACCUACACCAGAACUUUGCUCAGGGAUGAAAAAUCAACUCAUUGAUACCUUAGCAAAGCAAAGACAUGCUUUUGCUGGAGCACUGGCUGGGACAUUUGUCAGCCUUUGUCUACAUCCUGUCGAUACGAUUAAGACUGUCAUCCAAGCUCAUAGUACGGUUCAGAAGCCAAUAUCUGGCAUUGUUGGAUCAAUCAUCUCUGAUAGAGGUGUAUCAGGACUAUACCGUGGAAUAGCAAGUAACGUUGCGUCAUCUGCACCAAUUUCUGCUGUUUACACCUUUACAUAUGAAUCAGUUAAAGCAUAUCUGCUUCCUCGGCUGCCUCAGGAGUAUCAUUCUGUUGCCCAUUGCACAGCAGGUGGUUGUGCGAGCAUUGCCACUUCUUUUAUUUUCACUCCAAGUGAACGCAUCAAGCAGCAGAUGCAAGUUAGUUCACAGUAUCGGAAUUGCUGGACUGCCUUGGUUAGUAUCCUUAAACAUGGUGGUUUUCCUUCCUUAUAUGCUGGGUGGGGUGCCGUCCUUUGCAGAAACAUUCCUCACUCUGUUAUCAAGUUUUACACCUACGAAAGCUUGAAGCAAUUAUUUUUAUCGUCAACACAAUCUACUCAUCCCAGCACAUUACAGACGUUAAUAUGUGGUGGACUUGCUGGAUCUACUGCAGCUUUGUUUACUACUCCUUUUGAUGUUGUUAAGACAAGAUUGCAAACUGAGAUUCCUGGAUCUCUUAGAAAAUAUGAUGGUGUUUUCCACGCGCUUAGUCAAAUAGCCAAAGAUGAUGGUUUGAAAGGUCUAUACAGGGGUCUGACUCCAAGAUUGAUAAUGUAUGUCACGCAAGGAGCACUCUUUUUCGCAUCAUAUGAAUGUCUAAAAGCAGCCUUUUGCUUGGAGGUACCAAAACUUUUGAGUCCAACCAUCCAGAACAAUAGAAGUACUGAAAAUGAUUCUACCACAUCACCAGUGUUACUGUUGAAACAACAGACCACUCAGGCUUCCUAAUAUCCAUCUAUUAGGAUAAUGAUUUGACAGGAAGUCAUUUAUGUAUGCUUACUUCAGUGAUGGGAGAUUUUGAUUACAUCCUUGAGCCGCUGGUGAGGAUCUCUUGGCAGAGCAUAAAGUACUUGCUGUGCGGUUGCAUUCUUUACUGCUACUACCUGUCGUCCCUUUGUUGUUCAGCUUAGUAAAUUUCAUUUCCGCUACUUGUAACUCGUCAGUUUUGCAUGUAAAGCCCAAUCCAAUGUCCAAGUCGCAUUUGUUGUCCGUUACUUACCAAGAUCUCAAGUUUGUUCAACUCCACAGAAAUUCAAUGAAGAUUCACAUUAGGCUUGGUUGGUGAAUUUUCCUGUUAAGCCUGGAACUGUGUCCUAAACUCGUAACUGAACCAAUGGGCCUUUUUUGGUUUCGUUAACCAGGCCUUGACCUGAAUAAUUUCAUUCACCUGAAAUCUGCUACCGGAUUUUUAGGGCAUACGAAAAACUUCCAGGGCGAUAGUGAUAACCCUAACUAGCGUCGGCUAUAAUUGCUAAUGGUGGUUAAAUUAUUUUGGUACUCUUGAUUAAUUAAUUAAUUAUUUAUUUUUUUUAACUUUUAAACUUUUUUUAGUUCUUUUUUUCUUUCAUUCUUUCGUAUCUCAUUGCA